GCUGGGAGCCGUAGCCCCUGCCGCCUCGGCGCAGUGUACCGGGCACCAGCCCCCAGCAGCCCCAGGACUAGCCCGAGGACACCUCGUCAGCGCGGCCACCGCCCAGCCGCCCUCACCUGGAUUACCUACCGCGCCAGCUGCAGCGGAGCUAGCAAGAAGGCGAGGGGGGAAACAGCGUCCCGAGAGGAGCCCGGCUUUUGGGGGACCCCGCCGGCGGGCGGACGCGCGGGAAAGAGGCGCGUCCCGAAUAGAACCAGAUUCGGGGCCCGCGGGUGGAGAGAGCGACGCCCCAGGGGAUGGCAGCCGCGUCCCGGAGCGCCUCUGGCUGGGCGCUGCUGCUGCUGGUGGCACUGUGGCAGCAGCGCGCGGUCGGCUCCGGCGUCUUCCAGCUGCAGCUGCAGGAGUUCGCCAACGAGCGCGGCGUCCUGGCCAGCGGGCGGCCGUGCGAGCCUGGCUGCCGGACUUUCUUCCGCGUCUGUCUGAAGCAUUUCCAAGCAGUCGUCUCGCCGGGCCCCUGCACCUUCGGCAGCGUCUCCACGCCGGUCUUGGGCACCAACUCCUUCGCGGUCCAGGACGACAGCAGCGGCGGGGGGCGCAACCCUCUCCAACUGCCCUUCAAUUUCACCUGGCCGGGAACCUUCUCGCUCAUCAUCGAAGCUUGGCACGCGCCAGGAGACGACCUGCGGCCAGAGGCCCUGCCGCCAGAUGCACUGAUCAGCAAGAUCGCCAUCCAGGGCUCGCUGACCGUGGGUCAGAACUGGCUGCCCGAUGAGCAAACCAGCACCCUCACCAGACUGCGCUACUCCUACCGGGUUAUCUGCAGCGACCACUACUAUGGGGACAACUGCUCUCGCCUGUGCAAGAAGCGCAAUGACCACUUCGGCCACUACGUGUGCCAGCCAGACGGCAGCCUGUCCUGCCUGCCUGGGUGGACCGGGGAAUACUGCGAACUGCCUAUCUGUCUGUCUGGCUGCCACGAGCAGAAUGGCUACUGCAGCAAGCCGGCGGAGUGCCUCUGCCGCCCAGGCUGGCAGGGCCGCCUGUGCAACGAAUGCAUCCCUCACAAUGGCUGUCGCCACGGCACCUGCAGCAUCCCCUGGCAGUGUACCUGUGACGAGGGCUGGGGAGGCCUCUUCUGUGACCAAGAUCUCAACUACUGCACCCACCACUCCCCGUGCAAGAAUGGGGCAACGUGCUCCAACAGUGGGCAGCGGAGCUAUACCUGCACCUGUCGCCCAGGCUACACUGGCGUGGACUGUGAGCUGGAGCUCAGCGAGUGUGACAGCAACCCCUGUCGCAAUGGGGGCAGUUGUAAGGACCAGGAGGAUGGCUACCACUGCCUGUGCCCCCCGGGCUACUAUGGCACGCACUGUGAACACAGCACCUUGAGUUGUGCCGACUCCCCUUGCUUCAAUGGGGGCUCCUGCCACGAGCGCAACCAGGGGGCCAGCUAUACCUGCGAAUGCCCCCCCAGCUUCACUGGCUCCAAUUGUGAGAAGAAAAUGGACAGGUGCACCAGCAACCCCUGUGCCAAUGGGGGCCAGUGCGUGAACCGAGGCCCAAGCCACCUGUGCCGCUGCCGCCCCGGAUUCACAGGCACCCACUGUGAGCUACAUAUCCGCGACUGUGCCCGCAGCCCUUGCGCCCACGGUGGCACUUGCCAUGACCUGGAAAAUGGAUUUGUAUGCACCUGCCCGGCUGGCUUCUCUGGUCGGCGCUGCGAGGUGCAGGCACCCGGAGACGCCUGUGCCUCGGGGCCUUGUUUCAACGGGGCCACCUGCUACACCGGCCUCUCCCCGGACAGCUUCGUCUGCAACUGCCCCUAUGGCUUCGUGGGCAGCCGCUGCGAGUUCCCUGUGGGCCUGCCGCCCAGCUUCCCCUGGGUGGCUGUCUCCCUGGGCGUGGGGCUGGUUGUGGUGCUGGUGCUGCUGGGCAUGGUGGCGGUGGCUGUACGGCAGCUGCGGCUCCGGCGGCCUGAGGACGGCAGCAGGGAGGCCAUGAACAACUUGUCGGACUUCCAAAAGGACAACCUGAUCCCUGCUGCCCAGCUCAAGAACACAAACCAGAAGAAGGAACUGGAAGUGGACUGUGGCCUGGACAAGUCCAACUGUGGCAAACAGCAGAACCACACAUUGGACUAUAACCUGGCCCCUGGGCCCCUGGGCCGGGGCACCGUGCCUGGGAAGUACCUACACAGCGACAAGAGCUUAGGAGAGAAGGUGCCACUGCGGUUACACAGUGAAAAGCCAGAGUGUCGGAUAUCUGCGAUAUGCCCCCCCAGGGACUCCAUGUACCAGUCUGUGUGUUUGAUAUCAGAAGAGAGGAACGAGUGUGUUAUUGCCACAGAGGUAUAAGGCAGGGGCCCACCCGGGACAGCCUGGCUUCGGCCCAGCAGCUGGACCUUCCUUCUGCGUUGUUUACAUUGCAUCCUGGAUGGGGCGUUUUAAAUAUGCAACGUGCUGCUCUCAGGAGGAGGAAGAAUGGCGUGAACCGGACAGACUGUGAACUUGCCAAGAGAUGCAAUGCCCUUGAACACCUGGGGGCGUCUGUCUGGCAUCAGAUUGGCAGCUGCGCCAGCCAGGGGAACAGAGAGGAGAGGAGCGGUGCCACUGGGACCUGCCCUGCCAGCCAGGGCUCUGGCCUGCUUUCCAGAGAGUGGCGGUGGUUCUGUGGGGCCUGGAGCUGCCAUGGCCCGCACUGGCAUUGGUGUUUCCAAAAGUGCCUUCGCCCAGGCUCCGUGGAGACAGCCGGGCCCAAAUCAGAGAGGACAGAGGGGGCCAGAAAGCCCGCAGGUGUGGCUUUUGGCAAGGGUAGCCCUGCAGGUGAGGCGAGGGCCCGCAGGGAGAGGAGCACUUUCUGCCCCUGCCUCCUAGCAGCGCACGUGGGCCCUUCUUGGACUGCCCCCCAGCUCCUCUCCCUGGCCCGCCCCCUGGGCAAGAACGUUGGUAAGUCUUACCUGGCACCCACUGCCCUCUGCCCCGGCUGCCUCUGAGCUCCUGGGAGUGACAGGCAGAGGACCUGGCCCUUGUGCCCAUCGGGCACCAGGCCUUGCUGGGGUGCUCAGGGCAAUGAUGGUGGACAUUCCACUGGGGGAGAGAUGGGACCCUUCCCUCCCUCGAACCUGGGCUCUGACCAUGCCCACUACUGCCCCCAGACGACCCUAGAAGCCCAUCUUCAGAAAUCAAUAAUAUGAGUUUUUAUUUUUUUUUGUAGUUUAUUUUGGAGUCUAGUAUUUCGGUAAUUUAAGAAUCAGAAGCACUGACCUUUCUACAUUUUAUAACGUUAUUUUGUAUAUCAUGUGUAUUUAUAACAUGGAAGAGAUGUGUACAGGA